AUGCGUACUGACAUCAACUCUGUCCCGCCCAAUUCUCUCUACUCGAUCUCGGCCGGUCUAGCGUUCAAAGCUGCCCACUCCACCCUUUCGUAUAUUGAGGAGAACGCGUCCUCGUUGGCCGACUUCAACCCAGGCAUCGUGGCACCCCAACGGUCCAAGGCUCGCCUCCUACAGGAAGUUAACGUUCAUUCCCGCUUGGCACAGGUAAUAUGGCGCGAUGCCCACAAAGCCAAAGGAGCCGGAGAGCGUCUACUCCGCAGGAGGCCCCCUUCGCACCUUGUGCCUAGGCAUUUUGGCCCCCCAUCUCUUAUCCGUAUGGAAGACGCCGCAUAUGCGCUCCGUGGCUGCCGUACCAGAGAUCACUUGGGUGAUCACCAACGCAUGGCCAUGGACAUCUCAUUACGCAUCCACACUCCGCUGGAACGCUUCAGGACAAAACUCGAGUCGUUAGCCCAAGAGGCAAAAUCACUCAGCACGAGAUACUCGUUGGCGAUGAUCAAGCACACAAGAGGGGCGUGUACUCCGUACUCGAUACAUGAAGAUGGACACGCGAGAGAGCCGGACGGAGUUAUCCUUCCACCUUCCAACCUUCCACCCUCCCCCUAUCAGCCACUUUCUGUCAUCUGCAGGCCUGUGCGAUCGUGCUCGCAAAUCUUCGCUCGUCAAGAGGGUCCUUCGACCUCGUCUGGGUUUCGGCCCAUUGGCCUUUUCCAGUCACAAGUCUCACUGCCGGCCGCGGCAUUCGCAGGAUAUAGCCUCAUCCACUUUUACUUGCCUGCCUGUUUUGCCAAUAUGCCCUGCCUCCAACUGGCUCGGUCUUUCAGAGGAAGUGGAAGGGGGGUCUCGUUCAAGUUGAGGGUGGGGGCCAAGAAUUCCGAUGGCCUCCAUCCGUAUCCCGCAGUUGGCAACCAGAGGCAGUCUUGGGAAGAAAGCCUAGAUUGUCAAAAGGUCCCAUCCCAACGCCCUUACAUGUCCCCAAUUACCGCGGCCGCAGGCGCCACAAUCAAUGACUCCAUGCUUCGAACCUGGAGUCUAGAAGCCUUAGUUCAGCAGCCACACGGCAACAAGCCGAAGCGACGCGGCAGCAGCAAGUUAGCAACCCCAAAGAAGAACCCGGGCCAACGAGACUUUCGCAUCCCGUCAACGGCGGAUAGCGGGCGGACGGCGCGGGCUGAACGGUUCACGUUGUCGGUGGUGAAAUUCCAAGCCCAACGUCCUCUGCGCCUGCUGCUGUAUUGCUUUCCCAAUCCCGUGUGCUGUCUUUCAAACGUCUCCUCAUUCCUUCGAAGGGGAGGAUGA